CGAUAAUUUGAACUGUCAACAGUUUGAUAAAGAAGCAAGCAAGUAGUUUAUAAUUUUUAACUAUUAAGUUAAAAACUAAAAUGGAUAAAAAAAUGAUGAUUUUUUUAAGCUUAUUACUUUUUAUUAAUCCAUUUUCAUUGGCAAUUUCCUCGGAUGAUGAUAAUUCAGCUAUCAACACUAAUGUCGAUUGUCAAGCUGAUUAUUGGUGUCAUUUAAAUAAUACCGAAUGUUAUAUGAGUAGUUGUCGAUGUAAACCAAACUAUAUUUUAAGAGACGGCAUCUGUCUUGAUCCUAUUGGUUUAAUUUGUUAUGAAAGUUAUGACUGUCAAAGUCUUGAACUCGCUUGCUUACUUGGAACUUGUCAAUUAAUAGAAACAUUUUUUUCGCCAGAAAAUAAAAAAAAUAGUGAUUUAUAUUCUCCAAAAUUUAUAGGAGAUUAUUGUCAAAAUCAUGAGCAAUGUAGUGGGUUAAAUAAUACAAUAUGUACUGAAGAAAGAUGUGAAUGUUCAAAAAAUUUUUUUCAAGUAGACAAUAAGUGUAUCGAACGUAAUGGCGAUUUAACAUGUUCUACUCAUUAUGAUUGUUCAUCAUAUGAAAUCGGUUGCUAUUUGGGAACUUGUCAAACAGCAGAAACUUUUUUUUCACCAGAAAAUAAAAACAAUAGUGAUUUAUAUCAAAACGGAUUUGUAGGUGAAUAUUGUGAAAAUGAUGAUCAGUGUAGAUCAUUAUACAAGUUUAAUAAUACAAGAUGUUUUAGAGAAGGAUGUGAAUGUUUACCAAAUUUUUUUAAUGUAGGCAACGAGUGUGUUGAAAGUAAUAACGAUUCAACAUGUUCUGGUCAUUAUGACUGUGUAGAAGAAGAACUCGGUUGUUUUUUUGGAACUUGUCAAUCAUUAGAAGAAUUUUUUUCACCAGAAAAUGAACACCAAAAUGGUUUAUAUUAUGCAGAAAAUAUCAAUGAUUAUUGUGUAAAUGAUGAUCAUUGUCGUUAUGUUCCUCAUACAAUAUGUUCUACAAAGAACAAAUGUAUAUGUUCUGAUAAUUACGUUAGAGUAGGAAAUAAAUGUUUAGGAAAAUUAAAUGCACCUUGUAGAAUCGAUUAUGAUUGUGCUGAUGACGAAAUGGGAUGUCUAUUGAAUACUUGUCAUUUGCUGCCUAAUUUUUUUUCACCAUCAAAUGCACAAAAUAUUUCUUUAUAUUUUGAUCUUCAGUCAAAACAUGUUGAUUAUUGUAGAUACAAUUAUGAUUGUCAUCACUUAGAAUUCACGGAAUGUUCAAAUUUUCGGUGCAAGUGUCGUCAUAAUUAUAUAAUAAAAGAUCGUAAAUGUCGGGGACUUUUAAACGCUCAAUGUUAUAUUAAUUCUGAUUGUGCAUUAGACAAUACUGAAUGCCGUAAUGGCACUUGUCAAUUAAAAUCAUAAUGUAAUCAAAUAAUUCAAACUAAUAAGUUACAGUUGAUGUUUAUUUUAAAAAAAUAAAUAUCAUGAAUAUUAAACCAACAGAUUAUUUAGUUAUUUAACGAUAUAAAUUAAGAUUAUGUGAAGCAAUUUGAUGGUGAAAUUGUCGGAUUAUUCAAAGUGAUAAUCAAAAUAACUUUAGUUCGAUGCAUAGUAUAGUAUAAUAUAUAUAUAUAUUACUGCAUAGCUUUAGGAUGAAUCAGGAAAUUCUAAACUCGAAGCUUGAAGCUCGAUUAGUAGGGAACAGUGUCAAGAUAAGCGGCCUAUGAGGUCAAUUCUCAGCAUCGCGUUUCCAAUAACCAUUACAGAAUUUCCAUCCAUUGUCGUCUCUCUUAUCCUUUCCAUUUGCAUUAUAAACUUUAUCAAAUUUUUCUUUUUUUUAUAUAAAAUUUUAUAAUGUUAAUUUUUAUCUAAUAACAGGCAAAAACGAUGUAAUACUGUUGUAUUGUGGAUACACGAGCAUCUGGCUAUUUAACGACAAACAUUACAAUAAACUUGCCCAUUACUCA